GCUAUGAUGUGUCAUUUAGACAGUAUCUAUCCAAUAUGCUGACUUCAGUAGAGUCUUCUGACAUAUAUUACAUCAGACCAACUCCUCUAGAUCAGAACGACAUCCUCUUUGUCUCAUUUAUAGCAAGAUCUUCAUCUGCACGUAAACGUUCGACGAAGCCAGUUGUUCCUCUAGGUGAUGUUCUUGGCGCAUUGGACAAUAUCACUGCUUUUACAGAGGCACUUGGGAUUCUUCCGUCACAAGCCCCAUCCAUCACCGCCGGACUUCCAGAUUUCAUUCUAAACACCCUACCAACAUCACCAAGCUUUACCCUUCCAGUCGAUGGAGAUGAUGAUGAUGAAGAUACAACGGAAGGAUCAACUCGCAAACCUCCACCAGAAAUUGGUUUCCUAAGCAACCCUGGUCUCUUCAUCUCGUUGGUAGUGAUAGCUACAGUGAGUAUCAUCAUCAUCAUUGUUGGUCUCAUCUACCUGCUCUGUGAUAGAAAACGAGGUAGGAGCGGUGAGUACAUAACCAAUCAUACUCCGCGGAACAGCGACUUGGAGCUGGGAUUCGACAAUCCCGUCAUGGCGGAGAACGAUAAGAACGUGUCUAACGGCAACCACCUUUCAAGCAUAAAGGGAGAGAUGGAAUCGGAUAUGAUUGUGCCGUACGAUAACUUUACUCAAGAAGAAUUGAUGAAUUAUGAGGUGGAAGACACUCAUUUGUAAAAAAGGUGAAUUUCAUGGCAUCAGUUUAAAAUAUGGAUUGGAUGUUUGAGCAAAAAUGAUUUGUUAUGAUGCCCAAAUGGCAUUUUGAAGCAAUGUGUGUUAUGAUGAGAUGAUAGUGUUUUAAAGCAAUGUUUGUGUUUGAGUUUGCCAUGAUAAUUAUGUGCAUUUCAACAACAACAAAAUGUGCUGAUAAAAGCAAUUUUGAUUUGUGGGUCCUUUAACUUUUGGGGUUAUAAAACCAUGUAAAAGAGAUACAUGUUGAAGUGCAGUGAUCAAACAUAUUUGGAGGAUUCUUGCUACAUCCAAGUUUGCCUGGUACUAGCAUUCAGUACUAGAUCUUUUAUUUAACAAGUUGUACUGUAAAGAAACCUCUCAACAUUUGUGCUUCCUGUGAGAUUGUAGUUGUAAUACAUUAAGUUUUGAGAUAUACUAACGAAACCCAAAAGGUUUUGGUUAACAUGAAGUUUUCGAAUACUUGACAAUUAUAAACAUUUUCUCUCUGUGACGAAACUUGCCAUUGAGAUCAGCUUUAGUGAAAUAGUCUCCUACUUGAAUCUUGGUUGACCUGUUUGCUUGUUGUCCUAUCUAACCUUGCAAGUGAAGAGUGUGAUAUAGUACAGAUAAAAUGUCAGAUAUCCAAAGAUCAUAUUACUAGUUGUAAAUAGGUAGGCAAAAAACGAAUUUUGGCCUCUAUUACUUCAAUAGACUUCAUGAAAUAAUAUGAAUACUGUAGAAUUAA